AUAGGUCUUUCCUUCCUACAGCCGUCCAUGCUCUGAACAGCUGAUGCGGUGCGUCUCUCUGGAAGACAGUGACAUAUUUUCUCCCAACUUUUUAACAACAUAGCUCGAAAUGACUAAGGACGAAGUGCAGGGGGCAACAGAGGAGGAGCAGCAGGCUCAGUCAAAGAAAGCCCAGAAGAAACAGCAGAAGGAAGCGGAGAAAGCUGCAAAGAAGGCUGAGAAACAGGCCAAGCUGGCUGCUGAACAACCAAGCACAGAGGAAGAUGACUUUGCAAAGGACCGAUAUGGUGUGUCAGCUAUGUUCCAGUCCCAGCAGAAACUGGAGAGGACCUUGGUACGGAUCCAAGACCUUACUCCUGAGAGAGCUGACCAACUGAUCUGGCUCCGUGCCCGAGUCCACACCAGCAGAGCCAAAGGGAAGCAAUGCUUCUUGGUCCUGCGUCAGCAGCAGUUCAACGUGCAGGCACUUGUUGCAGUGGGAGAUCGUGCGAGCAAGCAGAUGGUCAAGUUUGCUGCAAACAUCACCAAGGAGAGCAUCAUAGAUGUGGAGGCGAUGGUGAGGAAAGUGGAGCAGAAGAUCGAGAGCUGCACCCAGCAGGACGUGGAGCUCCACAUUGAGCGGAUUUUUGUCGUUAGCCAGGCAGAGCCCCGUCUCCCUCUGCAGUUAGAUGAUGCUGUCAGGCCUGAUGGAGAGGGAGAAGAGGAAGGCAGAGCCACAGUAAACCAGGACACCAGGCUGGACAACAGGGUGAUUGAUCUCAGGGUAAGUCUAUUCCAGAGCUGAAGAAAAACA